AUGCGUGCUUUGGCUGGAUAUUCACAUGAUAAAACACUAUUGGUUUUUAUAAUACAAGAAAUCAUCAUUCAUGUGAUAGAAGAAAAUGGUUCAUAUAAUAAAAUAAAUCAUGGUGAGUUCGAUAUGAAUCAGUUAAUAGCAACCAAUAUUGAUAUCCCUUCUUUAGCUUCAUAUAAUAGAAAAGAAAAGAAUGAUGAUUUCAAUUUAAAGCCAUAA